AUCCUCCCGGAGCCGGACCUCCCCGUUUGCUGAAUAUAGGCGUGGCUUUGGAUGGAGGCGCUCCGGGAUCCCCACCUGCCCUCACACCGUUGUUGUCGCUGUGCCAAGCUUGUUAUAUCUGCCAAAGAUUUGAACUAAGACGCGUCUGGAUAUCCAUUCAGGUUUGGACUGGGACGCGUUCGUUCAGGGGUUAGGCUGUUUUGGGGUCGGUGUUUUGGCUCUAACAUCCAAGCGAGUGUUCAUAAUUCUCACACGACCCGUGCGAUAAAUAAGCAGCAGCGAGGACGGGCUGUCGGACCGGACCGGGCCUUCAGGACCGCAGAUAGGCGGGAGCAGAUCAGUCACCCUGGUUCAUGUGUAGGAUUAUCCGGUGCACAGGUCGUGCACACAGCGAGAAUGGAGCGUGCAAACAAGAUCCCCACAGGAUUCGCCGUCUUGCUUUUGCUGGUGUCAGUUUUGCUGGUGGCAGACGGCAAGAGACCCCGGCAGCCUCGCUGUCCCUCAUCAUGUACAUGUACCAAAGAUAACGCCUUGUGCGAAAGCGCAGGGUUGAUUCCGCGCAGCUUUCCCUCCGAUGUCAUAUCACUAUCGUUCGUGAAGUCCGGCUUCAGUGAAAUCCCGAAAGAGAGCUUCAUCCACACGCCUGCCCUGCAUCUCCUCCUUUUCACAGCCAACACGUUUGAAUCAAUUAAUGAGGAUGCUUUCCUUGGUCUUCCUCACCUGGAGUAUCUAUUCAUCGAAAACAACCAAAUCAAGUCAAUAUCACCUCAUGCUUUCCGUGGGCUGAAAACAUUAGUACAUCUGAGUCUGGCUUACAACAAUCUUGAGACUCUGCCCAAAGACGUGUUCAAGGGCCUUGAAGCCUUGACCAAAGUAGACUUGCGGGGGAACCAGUUCACCUGUGACUGUAAGCUGAAGUGGCUUGUGGAGUGGAUGUAUCACACCAACGCCACCGUGGACCAGAUCUAUUGCAAAGGCCCAGCCUCCCAUUUGGACAAGAAGAUCAAUGACCUGGUGCCACAGUCCUUUGACUGCAUCACUACAGAGUUUGCUUCAUACCAGUCCCUGAAGUUUGAGUCUAUAUCCGUGGAGGCAUUUUCCUUUGGAAAUGACCAGUUUGUGGUUUUUGCCCAGCCUUUUAUUGGGAAGUGCAAUUUUCUGGAGUGGGACCAUGUGGAGAUGGUCUUCAGAAACUUUGACGAUAUUGACAGCACAUCCACGGUGAUAUGUAAACCUCUGGUUAUCGACAACCAGCUUUUCAUCAUCGUGGCUCAGUUGUUUGGUGGCUCACACAUCUAUAAGCGUGACAUCUCCGCCAAUAAGUUCAUCAAGAUCCAGGACAUUGACAUCCUGAAAAUACGCAAGCCCAAUGAUGUCGAGACAUUCCGCAUAGAUGGAGAGUCUUUCUUCGUCAUCGCCGACAGCUCCAAAGCCGGCUCUACCACCAUCUACAAGUGGAACGGUAACGGCUUCUAUUCUCACCAGUCGCUCCACCCAUGGUAUCGGGACACAGACGUGGAAUAUAUGGAGAUCUCCUCCAAACCUCACCUGAUACUGUCCAGCAGCUCUCAGAGGCCGGUCAUCUACCAGUGGAACAAAGGCACCAAGCUGUUUGACCGGCGCACGGACAUCCCUGAGAUGGAGGACGUCUACGCCGUGAAGCACUUCCAGGUCAAAAAUGACCUCUUCAUCUGUCUGACGCGCUUUAUCGGUGACUCCAAAGUGAUGCGCUGGGACGGUGCCCUCUUCCGAGAGCUGCAAACUAUGCCCUCGCGCGGCUCCAUGGUGUUCCAGCCCUUUGCUGUUGGCAACUGGCAGUACGCCAUCCUGGGGAGCGAUUACUCCUUCACCCAGGUGUACCGCUGGGAUGCCAAGAAGGGCCAGUUUGUGCACUUCCAAGAGCUCAACAUUCAGGCGCCCAGGGCCUUCACUCCCAUCUCCAUAGACAACCGGCAAUUCCUGCUGGCCUCCAGCUUCAAAGGGAAGACGCAGAUUUAUGAGCACCUUAUCAUUGACCUAAGCAAUUGAUUAGUCUGGUUGGCUGGUUGACUAUUGUAAAUUUAGUGGGAUGCCGAGGCUCGUCGUUUGCAGUGGGAUGAUUGGUUGAAUCUUAACUCAAGAAUGACAUGCAUUACUAUUCCUUUUGCAAAUCUUCAGUUGAUAUCAGUGCAUGACUCACGUGGAAGCUGAGUUUAAUACAUGUGUCUCAAGUUAGGACUAGGACCAGAUGUUUCCAGAUGUUAGUGCAUGACCAAGCUCUCAAGCAGGCCACCCUAUUCUGAUGAAUGCAGCGCUUGAAACGUCCAUGUUCCUUAAUCCAUUUGCCAUAGCAUCGACCAGUAGUUUGUUCCAUGUGUGUGUGUGUGUGUGUGUGUGUGUGUGUGUGCGUGUGGGUGUGUGCGUAUGUAUAUAUGUUCAACCAUUCAUGUGACUUAACACUGUUUCUACAUUCGCAGUCUCGUAUAUUUCUCAAGGGGAAACAGACAAAAGAUACUUUUUAACCUGUCAACACGUUUAGAUAUCUGCCAAAUGAAAUGUUUACAUUUUUCUGUCUUUCAACUUUUAAGUGAAACGAUUUGUAAAUGACGCUUUUGUAAGUUUCAGAGGGACCAUGCCAGUUAGAUACAACUUUGUUAAGGAGACUGAUGUUAUUUUCAAAUCAUGUUUGUAGUUGGAAAUGUUGUGUGAGGAUGUAUGUCCUCGCGACCUGCAUUUUUAAUGUUAACAGUUUGUACAAGCUCUAAGUAUUGAAAAAGUUAAUGUUAACACUGCGUUUUUCAUGUGUACAGAACACUUUUUGGGCGUGUGGGAAACUAUUUUCACACAAGAUGAUGACAAUGAAACGAGAAGCAGGAUAAUGUUAAUAAUCUGAACUUUGACUAACAUAUGUAUGCAAACUAUAAUGAUUGUGCCAUCUUUAGGAGACUAACGCCGUGCUGUUCAGACCAAAUAAAGGUUUACAUUGUUGCAUUGUGUUAGGACUGCUGUUCCAGGUCAUCUUUGCUCGCCGCUGGUGUUUUAGCGUGUAGUACCAAGUCAUGGUCCUCAGAGCGAAAUGAUGCAAACCAACAGAUCCAUUUUUUUUUCUUUGCGGGAGAUUGUCAUCAUCAAGUUAGUUGUAUAAUCAUGCAAUCAUACGUGAGAAAUUAAAUAAAACAAAUACA